AUGGUUAGGUUCAUCAGUAGACGAGGAAUACCAGAGUGCAUUAUAUCUGACAACGCUAAAACAUUUAUAGCAGGCGCGCAAGAACGUACAACCCUAACAACAAACAUACUGAAAGCAGCGGAAUCACAGCGAUUCCUUGCCAAUAACGGCAUUAAAUGGAAGUUCAUAACUCAGCGAGCACCAUGGUGGGGUGGCUUCUAUGAAAGGCUUGUUGGUCUUACAAAGAGACGACUAAAGAAAAGCAUAGGGAACGCCUCACUGACCUACAUCGAACUGCUAACCUUACUGACCGAAAUCGAAGCUGUACUAAACAGUCGCCCACUAACAUACCCAUAUACCGAUAUUAACGACGGGCCCCCACUUACUCCAGCUAAUUUUCUCUGCGGUCACAGACUUACGAACCUACCAGAAGCAUUUGACGACGAAGAAGACCCUAAAUACUUACCUAACCAAUCAUGCGCAAAAGAUCUAUCCAAAAGAGACAAACACCGACAGAAAAUGAUGCACAACUUCUGGAAGCAAUGGCAACGGGAAUAUCUAACCAGUCUGAGGGAACAGCAUGCAGGUAAUGCGAAGGCACCCCUUACAGGAGAAACUGUAGCCAAAGGGAAAGUGGUUCUAAUACAUGACAGUAAACCGCGUAGCCAGUGGAAACUAGGGGUGAUCGUCGAGGUACACCCCGGCAAAUACGGCAUCGUACGCGCAGUGACCUUGAAAACCGCCAACGGAAACCUGCUUUCGAGACCUAUCGAAAAGCUCUAUCCAAUUGAAGUAUCUUCGGACAAUAUAGAGCCCAAUACACCACCCUCAGGAAUUGACACAGGAAAGGACACAGAGAAGGAAGAGACACGACCAACUCGAGCCGCGGCAAGAAAGGCGGCGGAGAGAAUAAAAGCGCUGUCAGGACUCGAUGAGGACUUUUAA